CGGGCCCGGGCCCGCACCCGCUGCGGCCGCUGCCUCAGCAAGGCCAAGUCCUGGCGCUGUCCCCCGCGGGGCUGCGGCGGCCCCCACCUGCCUGUCCCUCAGCGGGGCCUGCAAUGCUGGGGGAUUAUUUCAGCCGCGGCCGCGGGUGGCUGGGGGGGCUCGGCAGACGCGCCUUAUACGGCCGGGCCCGGCUCACCUGGGCCGCGGCCAGAAGCGCCUUCUUUGGGCAACGCCGGGCCGGGGCCGCGCCGGGCCCGACACCCAAAUAUGGCGACGGCCGGGGCCGCAUUCCUGGGGGCCGACCGCCGCCGUGAUAAAAGGGCCGGUGUCCGACGGCAGCACACGAGCUACCCUGCGAGCAGCGGGACGCCUCUCUGCCAGCCGUCCGACGCGCCGAGCCGCAGUCAACACAGACAACCGACACCAUGUGCGACGAGGACGAGACCACCGCGCUCGUGUGCGACAACGGCUCCGGCCUGGUGAAGGCUGGCUUCGCCGGGGAUGAUGCCCCGAGGGCCGUGUUCCCCUCCAUCGUGGGCCGUCCCCGCCACCAGGGUGUCAUGGUGGGUAUGGGUCAGAAAGACUCCUACGUAGGAGAUGAAGCCCAGAGCAAGAGAGGUAUCCUGACCCUGAAGUACCCCAUUGAGCAUGGCAUCAUCACAAACUGGGAUGAUAUGGAGAAGAUCUGGCACCACACCUUCUACAAUGAGCUGCGUGUAGCCCCUGAGGAACACCCCACCCUGCUCACUGAGGCACCCCUGAACCCCAAAGCCAACCGUGAAAAGAUGACCCAGAUCAUGUUUGAGACCUUCAACGUCCCUGCCAUGUACGUGGCCAUUCAGGCUGUGCUGUCCCUGUAUGCCUCUGGCCGUACCACUGGUAUCGUGCUGGACUCCGGUGAUGGUGUGACACACAACGUCCCCAUCUAUGAAGGGUAUGCCCUGCCCCAUGCCAUCAUGCGCUUGGAUCUGGCUGGCCGGGACCUCACUGACUACCUGAUGAAGAUCCUGACUGAGCGUGGCUAUUCCUUCGUCACCACAGCUGAACGCGAGAUUGUCCGUGACAUCAAGGAGAAGCUGUGCUAUGUGGCGCUGGACUUUGAGAAUGAGAUGGCCACUGCUGCCUCUUCCUCCUCCCUUGAGAAGAGCUAUGAACUGCCUGAUGGGCAGGUCAUCACCAUUGGCAACGAACGUUUCCGUUGCCCCGAGACUCUCUUCCAGCCUUCCUUCAUUGGUAUGGAGUCUGCCGGUAUCCAUGAGACCACCUACAACAGCAUCAUGAAGUGUGACAUUGACAUCAGAAAGGACCUGUAUGCCAACAAUGUCAUGUCUGGGGGUACCACCAUGUACCCAGGUAUUGCUGACCGCAUGCAAAAGGAGAUCACAGCCCUGGCCCCCAGCACAAUGAAGAUCAAGAUCAUUGCCCCACCUGAGCGUAAGUACUCCGUCUGGAUCGGUGGCUCUAUCCUGGCUUCCCUGUCCACCUUCCAGCAGAUGUGGAUCACAAAGCAGGAAUACGAUGAAGCCGGCCCAUCCAUUGUCCACCGUAAAUGCUUCUAAACAUGUUUACAUGAUCACUUUGCCAACCAUGCUCAGGAUGACAACCUUCUAGGUUGCAGGCUGCCCAGAGCCUGCAACAGCCAUGUAACUCUGUUUUGUAAUGAUUUCUGGUUACUGUUGCUGCAAAGCUCCAUGUGACACAGUGUAUGUAAAGUGUACAUAAAUUAAUUUAUUUUACCUCGUUUUGUUUGUUUUUAAAACCAAUGCCCUGUGGAAGGAGACAAAAAAAACUUCAAGAAGCAUUAAAUCACCAGUCAUUCUGUCACACCCCUAA